GAAACUACAGCCUGGCUCAACCUAUGGAGUUCAAAAGAGACAUGGCAGUUGUUCCCUGUGCUCAGCAGGCCGCGAGCAAGGCAGAAAUGUAGAUGGCAGCUGCUGUCUUUGAAGGACUCGCACCCAUCUGACCCUGCGCAGCGCCUCCGAUUGCUACCAUGAUCUUCUGCAUGCUACUGUUGGUCUCACUGCCUGAGCCGUCUGGCACCGAAGUCAACCCUGCUAUAUGCCGUUACCCUUUGGGUAUGCAUGAAGGGACAAUACGGGAUGAAGACAUCACUGCUUCCAGCCAGUGGUAUGAUUCCACAGGACCCCAGUAUGCACGGUUACAAAGGGAAGAGGGGGAUGGAGCUUGGUGCCCGGCUGGCUUGUUGCAACCAGAAGAUGUACAGUUCCUUCAAAUUGACCUGCACAAGCUCUUUUUUGUCACCUUGAUUGGGACUCAGGGACGGCAUGCCCGUGCCACAGGCAAAGAAUUUGCCCGUGCUUACCGAAUUGACUAUAGCCGCAAUGGAGAGCGCUGGAUCUCCUGGAAAGAUCGUCAGGGCAGGAAGGUGAUCCAAGGCAACAUUGAUACUUAUGAUGUGGUCUUGAAAGAUCUUCGGCCUCCCAUCAUUGCACGUUUUAUCCGUGUGAUUCCUGUGACGGAGAUGCCAAUGACUGUCUGUAUGAGGGUGGAGCUCUAUGGCUGUGUCUGGUAUGAUGGUUUGGCAUCCUAUAGCAUCCCUGAAGGAGGGACAAUAGCGGCUCCUGGCUUCCCCAUCGUUUAUCUGAAUGACUCGACCUAUGAUGGCUACCAGGAGCGCAGGCACUUGUAUGGCGGUCUGGGCCAGCUGACGGACGGUGUGCUAGGACUGGAUGAUUUCACGCAGAGCCACCAGUACCGUGUGUGGCCAGGCUAUGACUAUGUUGGCUGGAAGAACGAGAGCUUCAGCACGGGCUCUGUUGAAAUGGAAUUCCAGUUUGACCGACCACGGAACUUCACCUCCAUGAAGGUGCAUUGUAACAACAUGUUUUCCAAGGGGGUGAAGAUCUUCCAGAAGGUGGAGUGUCUGUUCAAACCACGCCUGAUUGCAGACUGGGAGUCUGAACCUGUUGGAGUUGCAACUGUCUUAGAUGACAAAAACCCCAGCGCUAGGUUUGUGACUGUCCCCCUCAAUCAGCGUGUAGGUAAAGCCAUACUUUGCCGCUUCUACUUUGCUGACACCUGGAUGAUGAUGAGCGAGAUUUCCUUCCAGUCAGACAUGGAGAGUGUGAAUCCUAAUUUCGUUACGGUAGCCACAAGCACAACGGAUCUCCUGGAAACAGAGUGCAACGUUACUGAGGGGACCUGGGAAACCACAUCUUCUGUAACCAGCACCUGGAUAGGAGAGAAAGCAGAUGACUCCAAUACCUCCAUCCUCGUGGGUUGCCUUGUGGCUAUCAUUCUUCUGCUCCUGAUGAUUAUAAUCAUUAUUCUUUGGAAGCAGUAUGUUCAGAAAAGGUUGGAAAAGGCCCCACGUCGAAUCCUGGAAGAGGAUGCCACAGUUCGCCUCUCCUUCUACAGCUACACCAUUGCCAACAACCAGACCCAGAUCCACCAGUCAAAUCCCACCUAUGAACGUGCUUUCCCACUGGAUUUGGAGUAUCACCAGCCAGCUACGCUGCUCCAAAAGCUUCCAGAGCUCUCCCAAAGUGCAGAGGAUUCAGUGUGCAGUGGGGACUAUGCUGAGCCCGACCUGACCAAGUCCACUCCUCACCAAGGCUUUCAGAACAAUGUUCCUCACUACGCUGAAACAGAUAUCGUCCACCUGCAAGGUGUGACCGGCAACAACAUGUAUGCAGUCCCAGCCCUCACUGUGGAUUCACUUACCAAGAAAGACAUCUCAGUGGGUGAAUUCCCACGGCAGCAGCUACGACUCAAGGAGAAACUGGGAGAAGGACAGUUCGGAGAGGUGCACCUUUGUGAAGCCGAUGGCCUGCUGGAAUUCCUGGGAGUCUCACCUACAGAAUUCACUCACCAGCCAGUUCUCGUAGCAGUGAAAAUGCUGAGAUCAGAUGUCAACAAAACAGCCAGAAAUGAUUUCCUGAAGGAGAUCAAGAUCAUGUCACGGCUGAAGAACCCAAAUAUCAUCCGGCUUCUGGGGGUGUGUGUGCAUGAUGACCCGCUGUGCAUGAUAACAGAGUACAUGGAAAAUGGAGACCUCAAUCAGUUCCUGUCACAGAGGGAGAUCUACAGCAAAUUUGCCAUUUCAAACAAUAUUCCCUGCGUCAGCUACUCUAACCUGCUGUACAUGGCCACCCAGAUUGCCUCUGGAAUGAAGUAUUUGGCAUCUCUGAAUUUUGUGCACAGAGAUCUGGCAACUCGCAACUGCCUGGUGGGGAACAACUACACCAUCAAGAUUGCAGACUUUGGCAUGAGCAGGAAUCUUUACAGUGGGGAUUACUACCGUAUCCAGGGAAGAGCUGUACUGCCCAUACGUUGGAUGGCCUGGGAAAGCAUCCUCCUGGGCAAGUUCACCACAGCCAGUGAUGUCUGGGCAUUUGGGGUCACCCUCUGGGAGAUGUUCAUACUGUGUAAGGAGCAACCAUACAGCCUCCUCUCAGAUGAGCAAGUCAUCGAGAACACAGGAGAGUUCUUCCGGAGCCAGGGCAGGCAGAUCUAUCUCUCCCAGACUCCUCUGUGUCCUAACCCUGUGUUUGACCUGAUGCUGAAAUGUUGGAGCAGGGAUAUAAAAGAUCGUCCGACUUUUGACAUGAUUCACCACUUCCUGCUAGAACAAAUGGAAUCAAACAUUUGACUCCAGAAAGAGACAAACUGUUGAGAACGGAGUGACUUUGGUGUCGUCUUUGCCUGUACCUCACGGGAAGAUGGUCAGGCCACCUUGCUCUCCUCCCUUGACUGUUCUGUAUUUAAGUUGAGAUGUCCAUGGCAGCUGCUCAUUCUAUUGGCCAUGGUCUGACACACAGGACCAGAGGAUCUCAUUUCGUUGAAAAAUCAUCUCCUCUUCUGAAUCAUUUCCUGGGAAUACUGUGAGAGGGGUUUUAUUAGAUACCCAUACACCUUUGGGCAAAACGAAUGAGUAAAACUUUGAGGGACUUGGAGCUCUCUCCUGGGUGGAAUAGAAAGCUACCAGUCGGUGAGAGCGCUACCACUCAAGAACAGACUUCUAGAAGUAAAGACUUCAGUCUUCUAAAACUGUUCCAUUAAGUCAAAUGGAAGUCUUGUGCACAUUAGCAAGUGUUUCUGUAUGCUCUUGCUACAGACAAUAUGUAUAGUGAGAGACUAGAAAUGUCUAGAGCUAGGGAAUGGUUUAACAGACUUGAGAACUGACGGAGCUGGAUUUAGCAACCCUUUGGAAGUAAUGCUACCAGGGUCUACGGAGGAUGCUGAUACAAGAGUCCAAGAUCAUGUUCUUUUUUCCUGUGGUUGUUAAGCACUGCUUUUGUUAUAUAUGUGCGUUUUCCCCACACUGGAUUUUUUUUCUAGAAAAAAUAUUUUGAAAAUGAAUGUUAAAGGUCAUGGGAAGGUCACUACGGUAGAAGAUCUUCUUUUGACCUACAAAUUAAGGCUAGGGUAGGGAGUUUGUAUUGAAAAGUAGCUGAUACUGUACUACUGUCACUAUGUAGAUUUAUUAGCCUAAUGAACUUGUAGCCACAAUGGACUGAUGUGCAAUUAAUCCUGUAUAAGUACCCAUUAAUAUGAGAUCUCUAAGUCAAUGCUGUUACAUGUGCAGAGGGAACUUAGAUUUGGUGAAACCGAAUGGCUGAGAGCAGAACCCGCUAUGUCACUUGUCAUAGCUUACGCGAGAGGAAAAGCAGCAGAGUACGGGUCGUCCCCGGCACAUGCGUGUGCACACGCGUUCAGACGUGUAUUUCUAGCAUCAAUGGUUCCUCUUCAGGUCUGCAGCAGGGUUAGUGCUAUCGGCCAGGCAGAUGCACUUUGGCCCAGGCUCCUUUAUUGCCGUGAUCAAAUCUGGCAUCGGGAGAUGGGACAGACAUAUCCCCUUAGUCUGGAUUUGCGUUUUAUUUUGGAUGCUCCCUGCACAAUGUAAGACAAUUUACUCAUUGAACUUGGGGUUGUUUUUUGUUUGUCGUGUCACAAACGGCUCAUUCUCUGGAGGGUUUUAGAGGGCUCUGAAAUCCAUUUGGAGUGAGUUAGAGAAUUCAGCUUGUUUCUACAAUAAAUCCAUUGUGGAUUUACCAGGUGCCUGGGGAAUACUCUGCUAUUCCCUCUCUAAUUGUUUAGCAAGAUACUUAGGACCAAACCAAAUGUUUCAUAAGCUGGGAGAAGAUGAAAGCUCAGCACUUGGCUUUUUUUUAGACAGCAUCCAGCAUAGCAUAUAUUUCCAGUAAAGAUCAUAAAGAUAAUUUUUAUCUUAGCCAGAAGCAUGGUGUGAAUGGCUGUCUGUGCUACGAGCUCUGUAAGAGGGCACUGCUGAGAGAGAGAACGUCAAAACAGUUGUAAUAUGAGGAUAAUUAUGACUGUUAACGUUGAAAGAAAAAACCUGCUUCUGAAUUGGCAGAUGCCAGGGUGGAGCAUGGCAUGGCCGUGUCUGCUCCCCAGGCAGAGCAAACUCCGUCGUGAAGUUUCCCAGUUGCAGCUCAGUUGAUAGAACCGUGCCCAGGUUGUCCUGCUGCAGACCUGGCGUGGGGUUCCCCUGGCUGCGUGUAGGCGUCUCCAUCCGAGCUGGUCCUCUGAGCCCCCUUGACGCGAUAAAGGAGUCGGAGGGUACAAGUCAUCUCAUCUCCCUGCGAGGGCUACACGGGCUCAGGUGAAUCUCACCCCCAAAUAGGUAUCUUUUUUUUUCCUUCUUUGACUAGAGGGGCCCAGGGUGAGCUGCUGUUACACGUGUGCACUGUCUGUCUGGAGCUGGGCGAUGGGAGUCAAAGCCAGCGUGGUCCCUGCUGCAGCCUGUCGGGCACUGGUGGCUGGCAAACCACGCGUUGAUUGUAUUUCUGGAGUAUUUCUAUCCUGCCCCAGAAAAUGUACCUAGGUAAUACACAGCCGUGUGCAUGAUCUCCUGUACUUCAGAGUUUGGAGAUACCAGAGCGCUGUAACGUCACCCGGAUGGGCUUUGUAAUUCUGUUACGUCAGGACGUGCUGUUCCUCCGUUGACAUGUUGACAUACGAAGUUUCUCUCAUAUCAAUAAAUUCUAACGA